AUGACCAAAUUUCUUUUUAUUUUAUUAAUUUCUUACUUGUUAAUUAUAAAUGCUAUCAAAGGUCAAUUAAAUACUCAAAAUGGACAAUGCCUUACUAAUAUUUAUUCAAAUUUAGAAUUAAGUAUUGAUCCAGUAGAUUAUUGUUCAUUAAAUUAUGCAAGUUGUAAUGGACAAUUUGUUACUGGUUUAAACAUAAACUCAUAUACAUCUACAUACGAAUUUUCUCAAGUUGAUUUUCAAUGUUUUUCAAAGCUUUCAACACUUUUUCUAUCAAAUUUAAAAAUUUCAUUUGAUUUUUUGGAAGGACCACUCCCUAAUGGAAUUGCUCUUUCCUUUCAAAAUUGUUCUACAACUUAUAAUACUUUUUUUAAUACACCAAUUCAUUCAAGUAUAGUUCAUUUAUCAAUUGAUACAAUACCUCCACAGUCAUUACCUAUUAAUAUUAACUUAUCAUUCCUUAAUAAAGUUAGUUUUUUUUUAUUUAGAUUGAAAAAAUUGGAUUCAUCCACCGAUAAUAUUACAUUGAUUAAUGAUUUCCCAGUUGAUAGUAUGAACCAAUUUUCUCAAAUAGUAAUUGAUAUUAAAGAUUUACCACCAAUGGAUAAUGUUAUUGUUGAAAGUCUAAGUUUAAGAACUUAUAAUGCACCCACUAAUAAAGGAUACAAUAAUAUUAAAACUUUAAAGAAUAUUUCUUAUUUGUAUAUUUUCAUUGAACAGGGAUAUUCAGAUUUUAGUGAAUUUGCUUUAAUUCCAAAUCAAAAUAACAUAAAACAAUUAUCAUUUUCAGGAAAUUUAUCACCAGCAUCAACAGGUAGAAUUGAUUUAAGAAAUUUAUUAAAAUUGAAUUUAUUAAAAUUAAUGUCAGUUUCACUAAAUUUUAAUUAUCAAGGUAAUAUUCCACUUAUUCUACCACAAACAGUUCAACAUUUUCAGAUUUCAGAGGGUUUAUUUUCAGUUGGAGUAAAAGAGUUUUUGAAUGCUUAUCCAAAUAUCUCUGAGGUUUAUAUCUUAAACAAUCAAAUGGAUGGUAAUUUUUCAGAGUGGAAAAAUAGAGGUUAUGAUCAAUUUUCUAUAAGUGGGAAUAGAUUUCAAGGAACUGUUGACUCGUCAUGGUGUGCCACAAUAGCAACAUUAUCCAGAAAUAAAUUGACAGGUGAUUUACCAUCAUGUUUUGCUUGUCAUUUGUAUAGUACACUAAUUAAUAGUUCAAUAUCUCAAAAUCAUUUUAAUCCUAUUCCACCAUGUACAACUUUAAUACCAAAUCUUAGAUUCAAUUCAUCAAGUAAUCUAUUAUAUCUAUAUGGUGAUGACUUGGGUUUCUACACAAAUGAUAUUAAAGUAACUUUAUCAGAAACAAAAUUUUUCAAUCCUUUAAUUUAUUCAAAAUUAUUUUAUUGUGAUGCAUUUACUCUAUCAAAUUUACCAGAAACUUUAGAUAUAUUUUUUAAAAGUGCAAAUAAAAAUUUCACAUUAUCAACAAUUGAAAAAUCACCAUUAGUAAAUUUAGUAACUGUUGCAUCUUCAUCUGGUUUGUUAUUUUUUGAUGGUUCAUUUUUUAAUUAUAAUAAAUCAUCAAUUAAAAUUCAAAUUGAAGAUUUAACAUGUUUAAUUACUCAAACUACAUUUAAUCAAAUCAGUUGUCUAAUUCAAGGAUUUUAUAAUAAGAAUUCAAUUGCUAAAAUUUCAAUUUCAGUAGAAAGUUAUUACACCAGUAAUUUAAAAAAUUUACAAACAAACCUUUUUGCUUAUUUAAAUCAAUCAACAACUGUUUAUAGUUGUUCAUUAGAUUGUAACUCACUUGGUGGUAUUUGUAAUACAUUAAUUGGUCAAUGUUCAUUUAAUUGUCCAAAUGAUUGUACAAAUUCUUUGGCAGGUACAUGUAAUAGUUCAACAGGAGUAUGCAAUUGUUAUACUGAUUUUCAAGGUUUAGAUUGUUCAUUACCAUUUAAAGCUUGUACAUCAGAUUGUAGUUCACCAUUAAGUCAAGGUUCAUGUAAUAAUCAAACUGGUAUUUGUCAAUGUAUACCAAAUUAUCAAGGUUUAAAUUGUAAAAUUCCAUCACAUUAUAUUUCAUCAGUUAUUCCAUGUUCAAUUGAUGGUGGUGAAGUUUUAAUUAAUGGUUGGUUUGGCAAUAAUAAUGAUGGUACACAUUUAUUAUCAUCAUAUAAUAUAGUUAUAGGUAGUUUAGAUUGUAUUGUUACAUCAAUUAAUGAAACAACAAUUACAUGUAAUCUUGGAGCAGGUACAGGUACAAAAAAUAUUAAAAUUAUAAAUUCAAUUAAUCCAAAUGUAAUUUUCAAUGGUAAUGGAUUAUUUAAUUAUCAAAAUCCAAUUAAAACUUGUCCAAAUAGUUGUACAAGUUUAAAUAAUGGUAAAUGUAAUUCAAAUACAGGUGAAUGUCAAUGUAACGAUAAAUUUAGUGGUUUCGAUUGUAGUACACCAAUUAAAAUCAUUGAAAGUGCACCAUCAACAAAUACAUCAAUCAAUAAAGAUACAGGAGGUAUAGAACUUACCAAUCAAGAUACAAUCUAUGAAAUUUCAAUUAUAUCAUUAAAUGAAAUUUCAAUUGAUGGUUCAAUUAUUAAAUCACAUCAAUUAAAAGGUAAUUGGUCAAGCGAUAAUACAACAAUAACACCAGAUUCAAAUUAUUUCAAAUUUUCACAACAAUUAAUUAAUAAUACAUGUAAAAUUACAUUUACUAUUGAAGAGAUUAAAUUAAAAGAUAAGAACUUUACAUUUGGAACGACAACGUUUAAAGUUGAAAAAGAUUCAAUAAAAUUAUCAGUUUUAAUUCAAGAUUAUCAAUAUCAAAGUUCAUUAAAUACAUUACAAUUAAUAUUUUAUUCAGCAGUUGGGGAUGAUACAGACUCAAAUGAUGAUUGUAAUAAACAAGAUACAUCAAUUGAUACAUCAAAUGCAAAUAAUCAACAAAUUUCAAAUUAUAUUCAAAUUUCUAAAAAUUCAAAAACAUUAGUCGGUCGUUUCAUUAAUCAAGUAAUUGCAGAUUCAAGAUCAACUUUUAUGUCAAGUACAAUUAUUAAAGAUAAUAAUAAUAAUUCAUCAUCAUCAGUUAUGUUAGGAUUAAAUCUACCACAUUGUAAAGAAUGUUUAAUUGAUCCAGACUUUUCUGUAUUAGUAAGUCCAGAUUUUAAAGAAUCAUGCAAUGAAUCAAAAAACAAAUGGCUAAUACCUGUCGUUGUCAUUGUACCUGUAGUAGGUUGUGCUGUAAUUGUUACUCUAUCUAUUGUUUUUUUUAAAAAAUAUAAAUAUAAUUUAAAAUUUAUUGCAAUCAAAUUAAAACCAUUUAAAAAAUAA